AGGAAGUGGUGUUUCAAUUGGCAAAGACAUAGGAAACGUGGCCUUAGCAAAAAGAGAGCGUUCUUAAAUGAGAAACGAGCAGUCUUUAUAGACCGAAAACAGUGUACACGUGUCCUUUGGGUUGGACAACUUGUAAACAUGGCGGAUGUUGAUCAAGGAUCGGUCUUACCCAGCGAAACUUCACCUCUCGUUCUGGACGGCCUGAAUACAACCGACUCAAAUGGUACCGACGCUGUCAACGCGACUGUGGCCAAGUUUGUGGCGACACCGGAGGGAACGGCUCUAGCAUAUGGCAGCCUUGUAUUCAUGGCUCUGUUGCCCAUCUUCUUCGGUGCACUGCGUUCAGUCAGCUGCGGCAAAAGCAAGGUUGCUGGAGAAAAUGGUUGCGAUUAUGAGUACAGAAACUCCUCAGACAUGCCAGAGACCAUCACAGGCAGAGAUGCUGCACGGUUCCCCAUAAUCGCCAGCUGCACCCUCUUCGGCCUCUACCUCUUCUUCAAAAUUUUCUCACAAGAGUACAUCAACUUGCUGCUGUCAAUGUAUUUCUUUGUCCUGGGGAUUUUAGCAUUGUCUCAUACAAUGAGUCCCUUCAUGAACAGGAUCUUCCCUGCUAACAUUCCCAUCAAGCAGUACCAGCUGCUCUUCACUCAGGGCUCAGGAGAGACCAAAGAAGAAAUUGUCAACUAUGAGUUUGACACCAAGGACAUGAUCUGCCUGGUCAUCAGCACUGUGGUUGGGGUCUGGUACGUCCUCAAGAAGCACUGGAUUGCCAACAACCUCUUUGGCUUGGCGUUCGCCCUGAAUGGGGUGGAGCUUCUGCACCUAAACAAUGUCAGUACUGGCUGCAUCCUGCUGGGGGGGCUGUUUGUGUAUGACGUCUUCUGGGUGUUUGGCACCAAUGUCAUGGUUACUGUGGCCAAGUCGUUCGAGGCACCCAUAAAGUUGGUGUUUCCCCAGGACCUGUUGGAGAAGGGUCUGGCUGCCAAUCAAUUUGCAAUGCUGGGUCUUGGAGAUAUUGUCAUUCCAGGUAUCUUCAUUGCUUUACUCCUCCGCUUUGAUGUCAGUCUGAAGAAGAACACCAGGACCUACUUCUACACCAGCUUCCUGGCCUACAUCUUUGGCCUGGGCCUGACCAUCUGGGUCAUGCACACCUUCAAACACGCCCAGCCUGCCUUGCUGUACCUGGUCCCAGCCUGUAUUGGAUUCCCAGUGGUUGUAGCUCUGUUGAAAGGAGAACUGACAGAGAUGUUCAGGUACGAGGAAGUCUCUCCGGAAGAUGCUGCAGUGAAAGAAGAGACGACAGAGAGCACAGAGGCUGAGAAAAAAGAUAAAUGAUGACAGUUUCCUCAAGCUCGUCCAUCACUAGCUGCCCCCACACAUCAGCCCACCUCUAUACACAUCCUGGGAGGGUGUUCAUGUUUCCCAUGUGACGUGCGGUAUAUGGAAAUGGCUGAUUUAUUAAAUAGCUGUUUUGACAUUGGGAUAUUUUGUAGUUCAAAAGUGGUUUGUUACACACAUUGUACAACAGCUUAUCCGGUGCCUAUGUUUUUGUUUUGUGUUCAUCCAGUAUGCCUUUUGGCAUUCUCAUGUGAUAUUUUAUUUCAUUUGAAUUGCCAGAAUUUUUAAUGGAAAAAGUGUUAUUGUUUUUGUUCUGUUUUGGGGGGAAUAUGAGAUAUCACAGGAAGCUGAAAAGUUGUACGUUGUCAGAAAACAUUUUGCUCUCCCAGCCUGAUUUAUUUAUAAUGAUUGUCUAGUUUGAUCUCUGCACCAAGUCCGUUCUUGGUUUGAUAUAAAAAUGCCUUUCUCAUAGAUAAUGUGAAGUAUAAUAGGAUGGUGUAAGGGAAGCAGGAGAUGAGUCUACGAUUGUGUCAUACACAUGCUUUACAUGGAAAUUCACCUUUGACAUGGAACUCGACCGUUGGUAUCUAUAUGAAUGGCACCUGGCUUCCCCAUGGUUCUCUGGUCUGGAAGUCUUUGGCUUCAACAAAGACACCUAACUAUGUACUACUGCACUAGUCUCAAUGUAUAAUUGUGCCAAUUUAGUAGUGCAUGUAAUUACAUGGUACCUGACAUGCUGUUCGGUAUAGUGGUAAUAAUAGCUCAGAAUUCAGAUCAUAGCAUUAAGGAAGUAACUGAACUUGGGCAAUCGAUCACAUUUUGAAAUUUUUAUGGACAUUUGCUAUGACACUAUUUAUGAGAAUCAUACUCUGUCAUAUCAGAGAAGUCUGUUAUAUGGAAACUAUAUUAAGGAUUGUAGUUAGCGAAGUCCCAUGCAGUGACUGAAAUGUACCUGCAGGUGGAGACAGUGUCAAAAGAACCAUGUCUCCUCAGAGAGGAGACCAAAGGACCAAAUGAUUACUCUUCUUGCUUUAGGUUGUAACUUCUUUGCUUUAAUAACGUAUUUUCUUUCUGGCCUUUUUUCAGUUUGGAGCAGUGUGUUUCAAGUUCAGAAAGACCGGGGAGAAGCUUUUUCAUGUUAGGGCUUUAAGAUUGAGCGGUUUUGUAGAAAUGUGUUUUGGUAAAGAUCAUGUCCACGUUCUGCCUGGUGAAGUUCAGUAACCCUAUCAUUUAAAACAAAUGUAUCUUUCUCUUUUUUCUCCUAAUGUACUUGUGCAAGUCAAAGUUUAUGAGCCUCUGUUCAGGAGCCAAUAUCUAUUUUAUUUGCAAUAAAUGUGGCUGUAUAUCACUGUAGAGAAGCAUAAAAAAUGUGUGGGUCUAUUUCUUA